AUGUCGAGGUCUCUUGAUCUCAAUAACAAUAACCACGAUCAACAUAGAGAAAUCAUUAGUGUAAAAAACCACCGAAAAAAAUCGCCCCAACCGGAUUCUGUUGUUGACAAGUUUAAUGAAACAAUGGAAAAACAAAACCAAGCUUUCUUGAACUUUAAUUUCGCGUCCAGUUCCAGUCCUGCACAACCCAAACUAAAAUUCUUCCCCCGCGCCCCAGUUAUUCCAAUCCCAUCAUUUCCAUCUCCACAUGAUCGUGUUCCCAGUCCAAUUAUUGAAGCCAAACAUGACAAAAUUUGUACAAUCCCACCAGUGACAAUUUCAAAAGACGAGCCAUAUUGGGACAAUCAUCCUAUCGAUUUUUUUUAUGUGGAGAACUCUAUAAUGGUGUCAGGUGUACCAUCGAUUAAUUUCGAUGCUGUAAUUGGAUGUCAAUGUGAAGAUGCUAAUUGUGGAAAAUUUGGAGUCCAAUGUGCUUGUCUCGAUGAUAAUGAAUAUAUGCCGUAUUACUCUAAUGAAGGUCAAUUGCUUUUGGUUCCUGGGAGGCUGAUUCGUGAAUGCAACUCAAAAUGUAAAUGUGGACCUAUGUGUACCAACAGAGUAGCACAGAAAGGUCGUAACAUGACACUUGACAUCUUUCAAACGAUUUCCAAAGGUUGGGGAGUUCGUGCGCGUAAUAAUAUUCCCGCAAAUACUUUUAUCGAUUUCUACACUGGCAUAAUAAUGCCAAAAAGCGAAGCAGACGCGCUCGUACCCAAAUACACUCAAAGUGGCCGCUCAUACCUCUUUGACUUAGACUUUCACCAACCCGUCUUCUACACAGUUGACUCGAACUAUUUCGGAAAUGUGACACGAUUCUUCAAUCAUAGUUGCGACCCGAAUUUGUCUGUUUAUUCGAUUCUCAUUGAAAGCAUGGACAUUAAAAUGCCAAAUAUUGGUUUUUUCACCAGAAGGCCAGUGAAAGAAGGGGAAGAGCUUACAUUUGAUUAUUUUGGUUUAAGACAUAGAAAGAGGUCUAAGGCUUUCGAUGAGUCAAGUAUUGUGUUGGAGCCCGGACAAAGGUUUUGUAGAUGUGGUGCAAAAGAGUGUCGAAGGAUUAUUAAUAUUUGA